AUCGGUAAUUUGAUAACGGAGAGCAAGCACAUAAGAAAAAAACAAUCUAAACAUAAAAUGCAUGGAAACUCAUUAAAAUUAUUAAUAGUUGUUUAUAUUUUCAACAAGACAGCCAGCAGUUUUUGACAAUAUUUCAUCGUAUCCAUUUACCAUCCGACUCAUUCCAGGGUUUAUUCUUCGCGUUAAACGCUUGUGCGACGCGGUUAUUGGUAGUCUCGUACGACGAUCUCAUUUAUGGUUUUGUGCGCGCCGAUCGUUUUUCGGUCCGGUGAAUACGUCUCGAAACGCGUUAUCAUUUCGACAAUGAACAGGAGAAAACUGAAAUUGGAUAUGACCCAUUCGGCUCCCGACGGUGAAUCUCAGGAAGUUGAAAACUAUGUUAAUAAUGUGAAAGAACAAAUAAUGAAUACAGCACAACAUAAUAAUUCUGACCAUGUAUGGCAAGAAUGUUAUGAUGAUGUAUCAGGAUUCAUUUAUUAUUGGAAUACACAAACUAAUAAAGUUACAUGGGAAAAACCUGAGUAUUAUGAAGCUGCCCUAAGUGUAGAAAAUCAAAAUGAUUCGAACAAGACUAAUAACAUUAGAAAAAGAUCAUCAAGCGAUUCUUUUCCUACUCGUGAUUCAAAUUCAUGUAAUAAUUCAAAAAAAUCAAAAUUAGAAUCUAAUGCCAUAAGUGCAUUAGUUGCUUAUGGAAGUGAUUCUAGUGAAGAUGAAGAUGAUAACGAAGAAGAUCAAAAAUCUACUAUCCUUCAAAGGUUGCAACACAAAGCUGAAAUGUUCAAACAAAAAGAAUUGGACAAAUUAACUAAAGAUGAAUCACUUAAUUUAAUAACAAAUAGUCAGCCAGAUAUUUUAGAUAUUAUUGGUGAAGAAGUACCUCCAGAUUAUGUGGUAGAAAAACCAAGUGUAUUGCAAUCAUCAGAGGAGACUUCUGAGGAUGCUUUUGAUAUUAUAAAAAGUGAAGUGCCUUCUAGUUACGUAGAUGACACAACAAAUAAUAAUACUGAAAAAGAUAAUAAAUCAAUUGUAAUUGAAGAUUCUAAGGUAGCUGUUAAGUUACAGUCAAAAGUUGUUGACAAUAAUUCUAAAACCAAAUACUAUGCAAGUACUGACGAAAAAUUGAAAAAUACAUCUUCAGAUUAUUUAAAAGAAAAUUAUUCUAAUUUAAUUCCCAUCUAUGAUGAUGAUGAUCAAGAAGAUACUGAAGAUCAAAAUAAUGAUUCAAAUGAAAAAAGUUUUUCAUAUGUUCAAGACCCAUGUGCUAAUGUGAAAACAGGAUUUGGUUAUUCUGUGUCAUCUAAAUCUAUAAAUGGAGGUUCAAUAAAUUUCAUUAAAGGAGAAACAAUAAAUUUAAAAAAUAAUCAGAAUUCUGACAAAAAUAAUGUUACUUCAAAACAACAAAAAGAAUCAAUUACUAAUUGUGAUAUAAAAAAAGCUAAAAAUGAUAUUGAAAAUUUGUCACUUUUGAUCUCAUCAAAGUUACAUUUUCUGUCAGAUUGUGAAAACAAUGAUAAAUUGUCUUCAGUCCAAAUCAUGAGGAUUAAAAUUGAUACUUUAUUGGAAGCAUGGAAAGAUAAUUGUUUAAAAGAUGAUUAUUUCUCAAAGUGGUUGGAUGAAAUGGCUAUUGAGUUGAGUACAUUAGAAGAAUCAGUUGCACCAGAUGGCUGGACAUGCCAAUGGGACAAAAUUAACUUGCGGUAUUACUAUCAAAAUGUUGCUGAUGGUCGUACUCAAUGGCAAUAUCCAACUGAGGAAUCUGAAUGUGUUCCUUCACCACCUGUAAUAUCUAAAACCAACACUCCUCCUCCACUAAAUAUUUCUGAGCAAAACACUAGUCAUCCUGAACCAGUGGACAUGGAUAUCGAAGAAGAUAACCAUAAAGAAGACACAGAAAUUAUUGUUCCACCUGUUCCUGGAGAUGAAUUAUCAUAUGAAUUGAAUUCAUUUUAUGCUGACCUUGCUCAGUUUGAAACAAAACAGUCAGGUCAAAUUGAAACUAUGAUUGCAGUCACAACACCUGAAAUCGAAACAGCGUCAAAAUUAAAUAACUCUAUUGAUAUAACAAAAAACAGUUUAGAAGAAGAAAAAGAAAUAAUAAAACCAAAGAAAAAAAAAAAGGUUGGAAAAUUGGAUGUGGGCCUUGGAUUAAAACAAAAAUAUGUCUCAUCACUAGUACAGAAAUGGCAGCAAAUUCAAAAUGAAAUCAAAUGACUGCUAAUUUAUUAAACUAAUUACCAAAUGUGUAAUGUUAUUUAGUCUAAAUUUAAAUUAUAAAAUUGUAUAUAAUGUAAUUUAUUAACUUUCAUAAAUAUAUGUAUAUUUUUCAAAUAA